GAGUUGGCUUUGAUUCUGAAAGCCAUGCGGCGGUAUUAUCAUCUAUGAAACCAUACAUGUACAAAAAGCAAGCAGCAACAAAGAGCCCCACAUCAACAUGGUGCUGAGUAGCCUGCAAGAUGGACACUUGUCUAUGGAAUGCCAACACAGUGUGGGGCGUUGCCUCGCUCUGCUUCUGCUGGGAGUGUGCAGCAGCCAGAGACUGCUGCUGCUUUGAAACGUACUAUAGAAUCCCUGAUGGACCGAGGAGCCAUAGUGAGGAACUUGGAAAACCUGGGUGAGCGUGUGCUCCCAUACAGGAUCUCCGGUCACAGCCGGCAGCACAGCCGUGGAGGGUAUUUCUUGGUGGAUUUUUAUGCCCCAACAAGUGCUGUGGAAAACAUAUUGGAACACUUGGCGCGAGACAUUGACGUGGUUAGACCAAGUAUUGUGAAACACCCUCUGACCCAGGAAGUAAAAGAGUGUGACGGCAUAGUCCCAGUCCCACUUGAAGAAAAGCUGUAUUCAACAAAGAAGAGAAAGAAGUGAGAAGAUUCACCAAUUUUUGGCCUUGUAUUUAAUUCUAAGUGCAUUGUGGGUGCUGGUCGGUUAUUCUCUGGGAUGCUUUAGCCCACCACCGUUUUGCUGCAGGAGGUGGGGCUGCUGGCUGAGACCUGCCCUGUCCUCUCUGUGGAGGUUUCAUCCUUGUAUGAUUUGUCGGGGUGGGGGUGUUUGCAGGACCACUGCAGCAUUUCUCUAUGGAACACACAGCAGAGUAAUAAACACGACGCUAUCAACACUGA